CGCUUUGGCAUUUGACAAAUAAAAUUAACGUAGGAUUAAGGGAGCCCCCAUAGCCCAAAAUAGAUAAAGCAGACGAUGCCAGACCCUAUUCUACGGUCCGGACGAAAUGGGAGAUUGGGAAAGUCUACCUAUGGAGUUGCUGGCCCAUUUAUACUCAUACCUAUCGAGGAGAGACCGCCUCUCCUGUUCCCUGGUUUGCAGCAGCUGGAGGGACGGGUUAGACCACGUGAUGUUGUGGAAAACGAUGAUAGUUCACAUAGAUACCGACCUGAUGGAACCCAGCACGGUGCUUUUGUUGAGGGAUUAUUGCAAGCAUAUCAAGAAUCUAGAAUUUGGGUGGGCCGUUCCCCACAGGAACCAUAAAUGGACCCCCGCCAAGUAUAAAGAGUUGACUAAAAGAGCUGUGAGAUUUUUUCUUAUUCUGUACGAUAACUUCACCCAGAUCACUUGCUUGAGGAUUUUCAACUGGUUUGAUUUCAUUUCCUUUCAAAAAGUCACCUAUCACCUAUCGAGAUUUCUCAAGAAUCAAGUGAAUCUUAAGAAGAUAAUUUUCGACAAUAUUAGCAUGCAUAGUGCUAAUUACAUGAAGUUGUUGACUUCGUGUCUGGGUUCCAGAUCUUCCAUUAUCAAUCUUGACAUUCGUAGUUGCUACUACUGUCAAUCUUCCUUUGAUUCCAUCUAUUUUAGGAGCUGUAUCGAGCAACUUUCCUAUUUGAAAACAUUUAAAUUGGAUUACUUUAUUCUAUCGUGCCAGCUGAUAGAUUCGAUCCUAACCAGCAGAAACCGAUAUCUGGAAAAUUUGGAAAUUAUUCUCAAAGAAACAUCGUGGAAUGACCACAUCAUUGACGAUGAACAAUGGUGCCUACUAUGUAGUGCAUGUCCCAAUCUUAAAGUUACAUUAAUCAUAAGAAAUGUCUACCACUACGGUGAGCUGAGACUAUAUCUUAAACAGUCUAUACCGAUAGUAUCGUUAUCACUCGUGCUGCCUAGGGUUUUGGACAAAGGGGGCAGAUGCAACUUUCGAAAAACCCUAAAUUUGUUAGUUACAAACUACCAUCGGACGCUUGAAACAAUGGAUCUACAUAUCAAGAAUGAGGCAGAAAUUCUGGACGACAUCCUGCUGAUGACAAUUAGAAGAUGUUCAAAAUUAAAAAGUUUAGUGUUCAAUGGGUAUCUCGAGAACCCUAACGUUCUCAGAAACAUGUUCAAUGACAUAACGUAUUUCUGUAUGGUACCGAAUGGACAUGCAGAGAAACACCUUAUUUUUAAUAAGAUUGUGGAUGAGGAGGUCAACGACAUGAAACACAAACGCGUCCAGCUUACAAUGCUAAAACGUAACCAUUCUAUAAUUUGUUCUUUGCUGGUCUUAAAUUAAAGUGAUUACGUCUUACAAAUUUUAUUGUCCUUUC